AUGGCUCGGCUCUCUGGUCUGCAAAGGGACGUUUUGUCUUUAUACCGAAAGUGUCUGCGGGAAGUCCGAAAUAAACCAGUGCGGUUCACUCCGGCUGAGACGGGCUACAGAACAGAAUUCCAAAAGCAUCGUUCGGUGAACAAGAAAGACUUUAGCGCCGUUGAAUAUCUCUUGCGCAAAGGCCAUCGACAGCUGGAGAUGUAUGCUUCCCCGGGGAUCCGCAAUAUCCGAUGA